GUUCCAAAGCAACUUUUCGACGAGUACCUCGAAACAAGUCAAAUAUCUUCACAAUGGCGCGCAAACGAACAAAGAAGAGAACCCAUUUGGGUGCCAGCAAUCCCGAUGUUGACUCUGCCGGCCAUGCUUCCGCGAAGGAUCCCAAGAGCAUGGUUAUUCGAAUUGGCGCUGGUGAAGUCGGUUCCAGCGUUAGCCAGCUUGCGGCCGAUGUGCGAAAGGUCAUGGAGCCUGGUACUGCGGCUCGAUUGAAGGAGAGACGUGGGAACAGAUUAAAGGAUUACGCUUCCAUGUGUGGUCCCUUGGGUGUCACUCACCUGAUGCUGUUUUCGAGGUCGGAGAGCGGAAACACCAAUUUGCGAAUGGCUUUGACGCCUCGAGGACCUACAAUGAAUUUUCGCGUGGAGAAAUAUUCGCUGUGCAAGGAUGUCCAAAGAGCCCAGAAGCACCCCAAGGGUGGCGGCAAGGAAUUCAUCACUCCUCCUCUGCUGGUCAUGAACAACUUUACCCGCCCAGACUCGACUAGCAAGUCGAAAGUUCCUAAGCACCUUGAAUCGCUUGCCACGACCGUCUUCCAAUCCCUCUUCCCUCCCAUCAACCCCCAAGCUACACCGCUCAAGUCGAUCCGACGAGUCCUGCUGCUGAACCGCGAGCAAUCGGAGGAAGACGACGGUACAUUCAUCAUCAACUUCCGACACUAUGCUAUCACAACAAAAUCCACCACAGUGUCCAAGCCUUUACGGAGAUUAAACGCUGCUGAGCAAUUCGUCACUACAAAGACAAGCCGGAAGGGCAAGAUGCCUAAUCUGGGUAAACUUGAGGAUGUAGCGGAUUUCUUGAUCGGUGGUGAGAAUGGCGAUGGAUAUAUGACGGAUGCGACCAGCGGUAGUGAGAUGGAUACAGAUGCUGAGGUUGAGAUCCUGGACUCUACAACUCGAAAGGUCUUGUCUGCAAAGGCUCGACAAGCAGCCGCCCAGAACGAAGCCGAGCCCGAGGCGGAAGAGGAGAACGUAGAGCGCCGCGCUGUCAAGCUCGUCGAACUCGGACCCCGAAUGCGCCUCCGCCUAACCAAGGUCGAAGAGGGUCUUGCCGACGGAAAGGUCAUGUGGCACGAGUACGUGCACAAGAGCAAGGAAGAGAUCAAGGAGCUCGAGAAGCGAUGGGAGAAGCGCCACCAAGAAAAGGAGGCGCGAAAGAAGGAGCAAAAGGCCAACGUUGAGCGCAAGAAGGCAGCCAAGGCCAAAGACGGCAAGAAGGAGGACGACAAGGAGGACGAGUUUGAGUAUGAGUACGAUAGCGAUAUGGAUGUGGAUGAGUUUGACAGUGAGGGUCUGGCAGGUGAUGCCGAGUUCAAGGUCAAUGAGAAGAUGGAGGAGGAUGGAGAGUGGGAAGACGAGCAGGAGGAGAUUGCCAAUAGCUGAGUGGGAGAGAUUUAGAAGGCUGAGGAUUGCAUGCUUUGGUUUGGCGUUGUGUAUAAUGGAUUGGGCAAUGAAUACCUUUGUGAUUCUUUGUGAUUACAUGAUGUCUCGUGCUUUUGUGAAGUUUGCCAA